AUGGAUAGUCUCAAGCCAACGCUAGGAUCCUUUGUUGCUUCCGCCUUCAAUAUCAACAUUCACCUUUUUUGUGAGAUGGGUAUGGAAACUUCUAUCACCGAUAUAAAUGAAACUGUGUACCAGAAUACGAAACUUUACAGCAAUAACCAAACGUUGAGGGAAGCAAUGGAAAUUGAGGUGAAAAUAAUGGAAAACCAGAGUCACACAGAAGACCCAAAACCUCUAAACAUCUUCAAGAGAGCAAGGGCACCUGUUACCUUGACGUUUGAGGAUGUUAAGCACAGAAUAAGCAAGAAGAGGAGAAGUUUCUUCUGUAAUAGUACAAAAUCUGAGGACAGAUUGAUCUUGAGCGGCGCGAGUGGUGCAGUAUUACCAGGUGAAAUGCUGGUUAUAUUAGGCCCGUCGGGCAGCGGAAAGACGACUCUGUUAACAGCUUUGGGAGGCAGACUUGGAGGAAAGACUAGUGGUAGAAUAAUCUACAAUGGUAAACCCUUCUCUGCAGCUAUAAAGCAGAACAUGGGAUUUGUAGCUCAAAUAAAUUAUUUCUAUCCCCAUCUUACUGUCCACGAAACAUUAGUCUUUGCGGCUCUUCUUCGAUUGCCCGGUAAUCUUGCUAAAGAAGAGAAACUCUUGCAAGUUGAAGCAAUGAUUAAUCAGCUUGGCCUGAAUCAAUGCAAGAACACCAUUGUAGGAGGGAAAUUUGUUAGAGGCAUUUCAGGUGGGGAGAGAAAGAGGCUUGGUAUUGGAGAAGAAAUGCUGAGAAACCCAAGUCUUUUGUUUCUUGAUGAGCCAACAUCUGGCCUUGACUCGACCAUAGCUAGCCGGAUUGUCUCGCUUUUAUGGAGGCUAGCGAAAGGUGGGCGGACAAUCGUGACGACUAUCCAUCAACCUUCGAGUAGGCUAUUUUACAUGUUUGAUAAGAUCUUGCUGUUAUCAGACGGUAGAACUGUUUACCUUGGAAAGGGAGAACAUGUCAUGGAUUAUUUUGCCAGUAUUGGUUAUGCACCAUCUGUAGUCAUGAAUCCCUCAGAUUUCCUUCUAGACCUUGCAAAUGGAGUUUUUUCUGGGGAUUCAAAGGAGGACGUAAAAUCCGCGAAACAAGCUUUAAUAUCAGCUUAUGAGAGUAACCUUGUCAAUAAGCUGAAAGUUGAGCUCCAGGGUAUUGGCAAUUUCAGUGAUAUUACUGCUUCAGAGGACGAGGAGAUUGGUUUAUGGAGCACAAGUUGGCAGCAGCAGUUCCUUGUGUUGCUUAAAAGAAGUCUGAAAGAAAGGAGACAUCAGUCCUACAGUCGCCUCAAAAUUGGUCAGGUGUUGGCUAUUUCUUUCCUCACUGGCCUCCUAUGGUGGCAAUCAACUGACUUGCAAAACCAGGUUGGGCUUCUUUUCUUCUACAUCAAAUUUGGGGGAUUCUUCUCACUCACUCGAAAUGUCUUUACCUUUCCUCGAGAACGCCUUAUGCUGACAAAGGAAAGGUCUUCUGGUAUGUAUAGGCUCUCAUCCUACUUCAUGGCAAGAAUGGUUAGUGAUUUACCUAUGGAUCUUGCUCUCCCAACACUAUUCGUCUUCAUUACUUAUUGGAUGGGAGGGCUCAAACACAAUGCCACAAACUUCUUCCACACCUUAAUUGUUCUUCUAUACACUGUUCUGGUAGCACAAGGCCUUGGACUUGCUAUUGGUGCAGUGGUGAUGAAACAGAAGACGGCUAUGACAGUUGCAGCUGUUGUUAUACUCUCACUGCAAUUGACUGGUGGAUUUCUAGUCCAGAACGUGCCGGCUUUCAUAGAUUGGAUUAAGUACUUGUCGCUCACCUAUUACUCUUAUAAGCUCCUAUUGAGGUCACAAUACAAGCCUGAUGAAAGGUUUCAAUGUGGGUCAAAUGUGAGUUGCUUGGUGAAGGAUUUUCAUAGAAUUAAGUCUGUCGGACUUGAUGAGCAGGUUUUGUCUAUUGUUGCAUUGGCUUUGAUGCUUGUAGGUUUUAGACUUGUUGCGUAUGUUGCUCUCAUGAAGGUGGGCGUGAUACAACAUAGAAAAUACUAA